AUGUCAAAUAAUUCUUCAACGUUUCAUGAAUUGAGACCUAUUUGUAUUGAUAUUUCUCGUUUGGCUUUCCAGCCGAAGGAAGUCUUUAAUCCCCAAUCGGUCCCAUUACGAGAUGCUCUAGCAAAGCUCGAGGCUAAGUUAGCCUCAUAUGAAGAUGCGAGUAUCCAAGCAAAUCUCGCAGAUUAUAUCUUUAUCCCGAUCAGCAGUCUUUUGAAGCAGGAGUCCCUCGGAGAGGCUCAAAGUUCUUAUGUGUUAUUGAUAAUUUCGCAUUUGUUGCGAGUUUCUUGGAGGAGAGAUGGUAUCUUGGCGGAGGAAUUGGCUCAGCAACUGCUACCUCUGCUUCCUUUUUUAAUCAGUCGAGAUCCUACGAAUGAUAAGCUGGAGAAGAUUUCUCAGGAUUGCAAAAGAGCUGGUUGUUGUGCUCUUUAUGAAUAUAGCAAGUCUCUGGCUCAACAGUCAUACAGCCCACAGUUCUUUUCAUCCAAAAACUCCAAAAAUCUAAGGGCUUUAGCACAUGGCAUUAGUGUCCUUCUGACGAUCCUAGAGCAGAGCUCCAAGGACUGGCAAACACAACUAAUGAUCUUGGACACCCUUCGAAUCCUGUACUGCGACAUAGUUAGAGAUGGGGAAGUGCUAUCUUUUAUUCUGCCUGGAAACAUAUCAUCCUUUGCUAGGAUUCUUAUGUUGCCAGGUUUGACCACAAAUUACAAAGUUGUUAUUAAAAGUCUUGACGUCAUGAAGCACUUGAUUUUACUGGUUUACGAUGAUCUGUCUUUGAAUGUUCAUGAUAACAGGCUGAGAGACAUUAAGGAGUUGAGAUCCUUGGAUGACCUACACGAAGAAGCUUUGAGCAUGGAGGCAGUUUUGAUUGAGAAGCCCGAUAAAGAUGGGCAGAGUACUCAUCGCUCAACAGCUUGGCUGAGGGCUACUUCUUCCCAGCUGCGAAUGGCUCUCGAGAGAAUUAUACCGAAAUUGCAGAAGAGAAGCAAUAUAGAGAUCUCCAAGGCAUUAGUCGAUCUCGCAUCCGAUUUAUUGAGCAGAUGUGCCAAAUCUUUGCAUAAUUGCGAACGCUGCUUGGUCGAAGUAUUACUUCGGUGUAAAAUGGAUCCCAAGCUUCAACUGCUCCCGCAUACCGCCUGUCUUCGCGAGCUUUUGAGAGAUGAGCUUGCAAGUAUAAACACUAAAAUUCAAUUUCAGGAUGUUGAUGCAAUCAGGUCGUUAAAUUAUGGCCUAAAAUAUUUCACCGAAAUCUCUGCAACGGAUGAUACUAUGCUGGUUAGCGACCUAUAUAAAUCAGCGCUAACCUCCAUUGAGUCCGGAGUCGAAACUGCAACUUUCAAUAAGGUUGGGCGUGCUGUUCUUGAGCAAAGCAGUAACGUCGUCAUGGCUGAUUUCAGUGAUGAACUGGUAAACUCGAAAAAUCUGCCAGCAAUAUUUCCAUCGCUUUCGAAGGAGCUGGAGGAAGCGCUAAGUCAGCUCUUUAUGACCACAGGACGAUUAGCCUCAAAGAACGGGCAGCUUAAAAGUAUCAUUGAAUCACUCCUUUCUGACCAGGUUGGCCAGAGCACGAUCACCAAAGCAAUAGCACUGUGGCUAUCAUCGCAAAUAAUGUUAACUGUUCAAGAAGACUGCUCCGCCCCAGAAUACGCUCUUUUGAAUUUGGAUAGCGCUGAGCUUGAUAAGCAGCCAUGCUACGACAUUUUAGAGUUUGGCAAAGAUUUGGCGCAAGAAAUAGUGACCUGUGCAGAGGGGAAAAAGCUUUCGAGACUGUCAGAGAUCUCGCUGGUUGUGAUUGUUAACUCAAUUGAGACUGUCUGCAGAGUUUUAGGCAGGGAAUUUUCCUCUGAACUAGUUGAUUAUCUGUAUAUCAUUGUGGAGAACCUGGCGUCUUCAUCUCCCACAGUGCGUCAUUUUGCCCAAAGCUGUUCGUUAACAAUUGCUCAUGUCCUGUACAAUAAUUCGGUCCAGGAUAUGAUCCUGCAGAAUGUCGACUAUCUGGCUGACUCAAUAGCUUCAAGACUAAACUGCGGUCUAACCGAGCGCGUCAGUACGGUUUUCAUGGUCGUCUCCAAGCUAGCUGGCUAUGAGACCAUCGAGUGCUUUAGGGAUAUUAUAGAGACUUUUUUCAAAUUUUUGGAUUACUAUCAUGGCUAUGACAGCAUGUGCCUCGAAUUCUUUCAGUUGUUCGAGGUAAUUGCUUUGGAGAUACAGAAAAGAUAUUUUACCGCCGACGCUGGCAACCACCACAUCGCCUAUCAUAGCGACAGACAUUGCAUUGGGUCACCAUGGGGCAUGUCAAACCUCCAACAAGUCCUAGCCAUCAUGGACAAGCAAAGUCCAGCGCAAGAGCAUGACAGCAUGUCGAUCCUAGAGAAAGACCCGAAAAGUUUUCAAGAAUAUUUCGACUCCAAACUACGAGUAGCCGACAGCGACGAUGAGGACGAUGAUGACAGCGAUCAAGAAUUGGACGAAGAUCCAACAGAACUUUCAACCGGCAAACAAGGUGCAAACGACGAGAACAGAUGGGUAUCGCCCGUUCCCCGCGAAUCCUACAGGAUCCUGCUCCAAAUUCUGGGGUACGGUGACAGGCUUCUGACCCACAGGUCGAAGCCGCUCAAGAUUCAGAUAUUGAAGGUCAUAAACCUGGUAAUACCGAUGCUUGCGUCUCAGUACAAUUCUUUCUUACCGCAGGUUGCUCAAAUAUGGGAAACCUUAGUGCUUUGCUCUCUAAAUGAUGAUCUAUCGAUCGUGAAACCGGCAUGCGACUGUCUUCGAGAACUCAUCCGCAACGCGGGGGAUUUCAUCACUACCCGCUUCCUUGAGCUCUGGAAAACCUGGCAGGAGAAAUCGCCACUACUCCGAGAGCUUGCAGUUUCCAAUGCAAAUUCCAACAUUGCCAUCAAAUCGAUAACACUACACAGAAAAUUUCCAACAAUAACGCAAACCGCUCUGACAUCACAGACGCAGGUGCUAAUGGAAGGCAUGAUGGUCGCAGGUCUCACAAUCCCUGAUCUCACUUCUAGAGAGAUGAUUUACUGUUGCAUACAAGUACAUGGAUGGAAGUCGGUCGCUGCGAGAUCGCUGGCAAUUGCGGAUACAAUCCACGCCAUUCUACAGGAGACUCAUUAA